AUGACGAUCCGGCACUGCGACACGCAGGAUAUGCUCCGGAAUGUCUUUGUGUUCGACGGCCAGGUACUGUUAGUUACAGACCGCGACAAGGCCAAGGCUAUCCGCGGAAUCGGCCGUAAGGUUGCACGGUUCUUACCAGAGACGGUUGGCCGACUAAUGGUUGCCUACAUCCUAUGGAUCCUACCGUUCGAGCGGCUACUACUUACGGAGACUACGGGCCAGGGACUCUCUAAGCCGCUUGAUGCGUGGCUCUGGAAAGAUAGCCGGAAAGGGAUCUGGACGACGACCGAGCUGAGCAACAAGCUAGCUACAGUCACGACGGAACACAUCGGGGUCAAGCUUGGCGUCGCUGACUACCGCCACGUCGCGAUCGAACUAGGCCGACACAUUAGGGGGCUAGUGGUCCAGCAGCUAGAGGUCGACAUGGUUGAUGAGGCCGACUGGGACAACCCGCAGAACUUCGAAGACGCGCUUACCGGCGAGGCAUGUGGCCAGAACAAGGUCGAGUACGUCUGGGACUUGCCGGCCACGCACGGCAGCGCCAUCGCGCGGCAGCAUUAUGCCGUCAAUGUCCAGUUUCCGAACCAGCUGCAGCCACAAAUGGUUGCCAACUACCGGGAGAUCAGCCGACUAUGGCACCAGUUUCUCGUGUUCAGUACCGAGAGCACGCCGGGCUCCGAUAUGAUGAGCAGCGCAGGAAAGAAGAUCUUCGGUUACAGCGGAAACGAUCAGUCACAGACGCCGGAUACAAAGCUGCCGUAUACGCCGUCUAAGCGUACAUAUUCGCAGGCGCGGAUGGGGAAUGACUUCCAGACGCCAGACUGGGCCGCCAGGCGAGCAAUCGCUGCAGGCAGGAUCACUCAGGGCCGCCACGGGGACGUCAGCCCGCUAGCUGCCAGUACUGACGCCAAGCUCAACGGAGGGCUAUAUCAGCUACUAGGUCCAGGCGCAUGCUGGCGAUCAGAUGAACAGCGGGAGGCUACGCAGCAGACGUUAGCACUCCGGGGAGACCGAGUUCUCAUUGUCGUACUGCCCACGGGAGCUGGCAAGAGCGUGUUAUUCAUGCUACCAGCAGUCCCCAGCAUGAAUGCAGGUGUCAGCGUCGUAAUAGUACCAUUCGUGGCACUAAUUAACGAUCUGGUCGGACGUGCUACGGAUCUGGGGUUGGACUGCCAGCAGUGGCUACCAGCACAGGUAACCGGCCGAGAGGAGCAGCCGCGGAUAUCACGGCUGGUCUUUGUUAGCGCCGACCAGGUCAACAGCGUAGAGUUCUCCACAUAUACAGACCAGCUACGAGCACGGGGACUACUAAAACGGUUCGUCGUCGACGAGUGCCACACGAUUAUCAUGGACGCGAGCUACCGGAAGAGGCUCACGGACCUCAAGUUCAUAUACCGGUACAGCUGUCCAGUUAUUCUGCUAACGGCUACGCUGCCAGUGCGGCUCGAGGCUUGGUUUCGGCAGGCGAUGCUCGUAGGGGACGCCGAGAUCAUCCGAGCAAGGUCCGAUAAGAAGAACAUUAGCUACAACGUCGUACAAGUGACGGGACCAGGGCGUAGCGCAGUCGAGGACGAGGUCGUCAAGCAGGUUAUCCGCAUAACUGGCCGCAUGACUGGGAAGCAGAAAGGCGUGAUCUACAGCAGGUCUAAGGCUAACUGUACACGGCUCGCCGAGCUGAUCCGAUGCGGGUACCACCAUAGCGACAUGAGCUUAUCAGAGCGGCAAGCGGUACUCGAGGACUGGGUUGAAGGUCGAUCAGAAACCCGCUGGGUAGUAGCAACGACAGGACUAGGGACCGGGGUGGACAUCGAGGGUAUCGUCGCCAUUAUCCACGCGGAGCAGCCGUACGGGCUUGUGGAUUUUAUCCAGCAGACGGGCAGAGGCGGGAGGAAGGCGGGGGAGGAGGUGGAGUCGAUCGUGGUGCUAGGUAGGGCGGCUGUCUACUAUGACCGGCAGGCGAGCGAUGUAGACCAGCUGAACCGGCAGGCAGCAGAGCGGUUCGUGCAGACGCCAGACUGCCGGAGGCUCGUGCUUGGGGCGUUCAUGGACGGCAUCGCGCAGGACUGCGAUAGUCUUCAAGCCGUGCGCUGUGACCGGUGCCGGCAACUUACAGAGGUACAGGCCGACGUACUAGAUGAGGUUGUCGGUAUGGGCGAAUGUAGCGAGGGUGGUACUACAGGCGACUGGCACUCCGCAGCAGCCGAGGUAGUAGACGACCGUCUUAGAGGAGAUAAUAAGGAGAGGCAGAGGAGGAUCCGGAAGUUGCUGGAGUGGGUAGAGUUGAUGGAUAGCAAGUGCGCAGUGUGCUACGUCAAGUGGUGUCACCAGGGCCGGGCAGAUGGUCGACAGAGGACUUACGAGCACGAGUUCCGGAGUUGCAAGGUACUAGGAGGAUCGGAAGCGUAUAUGGCGUGGCGGCGGCAGAUCCGGUUCAAAGAGUACACGUGCUGCUGGACGUGCGGUCUCCCGCAGGCUUGGUACCUCGUCAGCCACACCUUCGAGCUGGCUGGUACGCGGCCGAAUUGGACGAUCAGGGAGUCAACGAACACGACACAUCCGAGCGAGGGUCCAAGUGUGGUCGGAUCUGUCGACAUCGCCACAAUAUCAUCAAACGCUCAGCAAGAGGAUGCGCUGCUGUCAAUACUGCGAGCUAUGAACGUGAAUCCUGAAUGGGAUCAGCGCAACUGGUUCGACGAUGUGUUAAGAAGAUUGGGAGAGACGUGGCCGACGGAGUUCGCCGACGACAUGAUAGCCCCAUUCCUCGACUACACUGUCAGACUACUCGUCGAUGCGCCAUUGGACUGGGUAGGCCGGCAACAAAAACAACUUUAG